GGAGACGCCGGGAGCCGGGGGCGCCUGUGGCUCCGGGCAGGGGCCGCGGCCGAAAGAUGCCGGUCCGCAGGGGCCACGUCGCUCCCCAAAACACUUACCUGGACACCAUCAUCCGCAAGUUCGAGGGCCAAAGUCGGAAGUUCCUGAUUGCCAAUGCUCAGAUGGAGAACUGCGCCAUUAUUUACUGCAACGACGGCUUCUGUGAACUCUUCGGCUACUCCCGAGUGGAGGUGAUGCAGCAACCCUGCACCUGCGACUUCCUCACAGGCCCCAACACACCGAGCAGCGCCGUGUCCCGCCUAGCGCAGGCCCUGCUGGGGGCUGAGGAGUGCAAGGUGGACAUCCUCUACUACCGCAAGGAUGCCUCCAGCUUCCGCUGCCUGGUAGAUGUGGUGCCCGUGAAGAACGAGGACGGGGCUGUCAUCAUGUUCAUCCUCAACUUCGAGGACCUGGCCAAGCUCCUGGCUAAGCGCAGCAGCUGCAGCUUGUCCCAGCGCCUGUUGUCCCAGAGUUUCCUGGGCUCCGAGGGCUCUCAUGGCAGGCCAGGCGGACCAGGGCCAGGCACAGGCAGGGGCAAGUACAGGACCAUCAGCCAGAUCCCGCAGUUCACGCUCAACUUCGUGGAGUUCAACUUGGAGAAGCACCGCUCCAGCUCCACCACGGAGAUUGAGAUCAUCGCGCCCCAUAAGGUGGUGGAGCGGACACAGAACGUCACUGAGAAGGUCACCCAGGUCCUGUCCCUAGGCGCGGAUGUGCUGCCCGAGUACAAGCUGCAGGCGCCGCGCAUCCACCGCUGGACCAUCCUGCACUACAGCCCUUUCAAGGCCGUGUGGGACUGGCUCAUCCUGCUGCUGGUCAUCUACACGGCCGUCUUUACGCCCUACUCAGCCGCCUUCCUGCUCAGCGACCAGGACGAAUCACGGCGUGGGGCCUGCAGCUAUACCUGCAGUCCCCUCACCGUGGUGGAUCUCAUCGUGGACAUCAUGUUCGUCGUGGACAUCGCCAUCAACUUCCGCACCACCUAUGUCAACACCAAUGAUGAGGUGGUCAGCCACCCCCGCCGCAUUGCCGUCCACUACUUCAAGGGCUGGUUCCUCAUUGACAUGGUGGCCGCCAUCCCUUUUGACCUCCUGAUCUUCCGCACCGGCUCCGAUGAGACCACAACCCUGAUUGGGCUAUUGAAGACAGCGCGGCUGCUGCGGCUGGUGCGGGUAGCACGGAAGCUGGACCGCUACUCGGAGUACGGGGCGGCUGUGCUCUUCUUGCUCAUGUGCACCUUCGCGCUCAUAGCGCACUGGCUGGCCUGCAUCUGGUACGCCAUCGGCAAUGUGGAGCGGCCCUACCUGGAACACAAGAUCGGCUGGCUGGACAGCCUGGGUGUGCAGCUUGGCAAGCGCUACAACGGCAGCGACCCAGCCUCAGGCCCCUCGGUGCAGGACAAGUAUGUCACAGCCCUCUACUUCACCUUCAGCAGCCUCACCAGCGUGGGCUUCGGCAAUGUCUCACCCAACACCAACUCCGAGAAGGUCUUCUCCAUCUGCGUCAUGCUCAUCGGCUCCCUGAUGUACGCCAGCAUCUUCGGGAAUGUGUCUGCGAUCAUCCAGCGCCUGUACUCGGGCACCGCGCGCUAUCACACGCAGAUGCUGCGUGUCAAGGAGUUCAUCCGCUUCCACCAGAUCCCCAACCCGCUGCGCCAGCGCCUGGAGGAGUAUUUCCAGCACGCCUGGUCCUACACCAAUGGCAUUGACAUGAACGCGGUGCUGAAGGGCUUCCCCGAGUGCCUGCAGGCUGACAUCUGCCUGCACCUGCACCGCGCGCUGCUGCAGCACUGCCCAGCUUUCAGCGGCGCCAGCAAGGGCUGCCUGCGCGCGCUAGCCGUCAAGUUCAAGACCACGCACGCGCCGCCUGGGGACACCCUGGUGCACCUCGGCGACGUGCUCUCCACACUCUACUUCAUCUCCCGAGGCUCCAUCGAGAUCCUGCGCGACGACGUGGUCGUAGCCAUCCUAGGGAAGAAUGACAUCUUUGGGGAACCCGUCAGCCUCCAUGCCCGGCCAGGCAAGUCCAGUGCAGACGUGCGGGCUCUGACCUACUGCGACCUGCACAAGAUCCAGCGGGCAGACCUGCUGGAGGUGCUGGACAUGUACCCGGCCUUUGCGGACAGCUUCUGGAGUAAGCUGGAGGUCACCUUCAACCUGCGGGACGCAGCUGGGGGUCUCCACUUAUCCCCCCAACAGGCUCCUGGCAGCCAAGACCACCAAGGUUUCUUUCUCAGUGACAACCAGUCAGGGUCUCCCCAUGAGCUGGGGCCCCAGUUCCCCUCUAAGGACUACAGCCUCCUGGGUCCUGGGAGCCAGAACUCCAUGGGGGCAGGACCUUGUGCUCCAGGGCACCCAGAUGCAGCCCCUCCCCUGAGCAUCUCAGAUGCAUCUGGCCUCUGGCCUGAGCUACUGCAGCAAAUGCCCCCAAGGCACAGCCCCCAAAGCCCUCAGGGAGACCCAGAUUGCUGGCCUCUGAAGCUGGGCUCCAGGCUAGAGCAGCUCCAGGCCCAGAUGAACAGGCUGGAGUCCCGCAUGUCCUCAGACCUCAGCCGCAUCUUGCAGCUCCUCCAGCAGCCCAUGCCCCAGGGCCACGCCAGCUACAUUCUGGAGGCCCCUGCCUCCAAUGACCUGGCCUUGUUUCCUAUAGCCUCAGAGACGACAAGUCCAGGGCCCAGGCUGCCCCAGGGCUUUCUGCCUCCUGCACAGACCCCAAGCUAUGGAGACUUGGACGACUGUAAUCCAAAGCACAAGAACUCCUCCCCCAGGAUGCCUCACCUGGCUGUGGCAACGGACAAAACUCUGGCACCAUCCUCAGAACAGGAACAGCCUGAGGGGCUCUGGUCACCCCUGGCCUCACCUCUACAUCCCCUGGAAGUACAAGGACUCACCUGUGGUCCCCGCUUCUCCUCCCUCCCUGAACACCUUGGCUCUGUUCCCAAGCAGCUGGACUUCCAGAGACACGGCUCAGACCCUGGAUUUGCAGGGAGUUGGGGCCACUGAACUCCAAGAUAAAGACACCAUGAGGGGACUGAAGGUGGGCAAGGUGAGAGUUAAGGAUCUUGGGGAGGUGGCCGGGUGCGGUGGCUCGCCUGUAAUCCCAGCACUUUGGGAGGCCGAGGCGGGCAGAUCAGACCAUCCUGGCUAACACGGUGAAACCCCACCUCUACUAAAAAUAAAAAAUAAAAAAAAUAGCUGGGCGUGGUGGCGGGCACCUGUAAUCCCAGCUACUGGGGAGGCUGAGGCAGGAGAAUGGCAUGAACCCGGGAGGUGGAGGUUGCAGGGAGCCGAGACCGCGCCACUGCACUCCAGCCUGGGUGACAGAGCGAGACUCCAUCUCAAAAAAAAAAAAAAGAUCUUGGAGAGGCAGACAGCCUCCCAGAUGGGCCUCUCCUAAAGUAGCUAUAAACUGCUGAUCCAGGUGACUCAGGAUGGCAUGGGUAAAGAAGCUCCUGACUUUUCCCAGCCUCCUCCAGGGCUCCAUUUAAACAGCAAGCCUGGUGGAGGGUGGGAGAGUCUCAGGUGUGGAGGCAGCUUACAGGAUGGAGGGGGCAGUGAAGAAAGAGGUUUCUGAUCUACAUGAGUACCUUGCUCUGAGCCUCCCAGCUCAGAACCCUCCAGCACCUCAUGGCCCAGCACCAAGGGCCCGGGGUUGGUCAGAACUCUUACCAUGAGCCUCCGACCUGGCUGGAGAUGGAGGUGUGUUCUGUGGCAGACAUGUCAGGACAGAUCUCCAGCCCUUUGCUCCUGAUGGUUCUGUGACAUUGAGUCUCUUGAGGGCAGUGGAGUGUCACGCAGCUAAUAAAGUACACACUUCAUGUUGGA